AUGAGUAAUGGAAGUGCAUAUUGUAAUAUUAAAAGCCUGUGCUUGAUUAUAGCUCAAUGUUUAGAUUCACGCGAAAGGGCGGAAGUCAUAAAUAAGAAUUCAGAGCAUUCGACAGCGAAUAGUGGGCGCCGUCAGUCUGCGUAUGCAGUCCAGAAAAUAAACACUCGUCAUUUCAGCGAUGGAAAGAGCAAUAAAUUAGAAACGAAAGCUUCUUCUGCUUCUGAUUUAGUGUCCACGGGUAUUAAAGAAAAAUUGAUUAAGGCAUGUGUUUUUUGCGGAGAUUUUUCCCAUUCAAGCCAUAAAUGUCCUAUUGCCCAGAAACUAACUAAUGACGAAAAGGUUGAAAUACUACGCAAAAAUGGCACUUGUUUUAGGUGUUUACAAAAUAAGGGUCACAUCAGCAAAUUUUGUGAUUCUAACAUUUUUUGCUCCCAUUGUCACUCUAAGCAUUCUACGAUUAUGUGCAACAGAAUUAAUUCCGAGAGUAAAAAGGGAACGAUCAAAACUGUCCAGGAAGUUGAAAAUAAAGUACUUUCGAAUCAAAGCAACCGUUCUGAAGUUUAUUUACAAACUUUGGUCGUAGGGGUAGCUGGGAAAACCUUAAAGGGUUAUUUAAGAUUGCUAAUAGACACCGGAAGUCAGAACACGUACAUAAGUCAAUAUGCUGCUAAAACGUUGAAAUUAGAAAAGAUAGGAACUGAAAGAAUUAAACAUGGGUUAUUUGGGGGUGUAGAAGUUUCGGAAGAUCAUAAUCGUUAUCAAAUAGAUUUAACUAGUUUGGAUGGAAAGUACAGGUGUAAAAUCGAAGCACUAGACCAGAGGAAAAUUUGUUCGUCACUACCUAAGAUCAAAGACGAAAAAUUAAUUAAAGUGAUGGAAAAAAGGGGAAUCCUUAUCAACGACAAUCAUGUGAAUGGAAAUCUCUGUCUGUUUCAAGAAAAUCCGGAAGAGAUUCAUAUGCUGUUAGGAGCGGACACCGCAGCACAAUUGUUCACUGAAAGAAUUGAACAUUUUGCGGGGGAUUACGUAGCCUUUGAGACCAAGUUAGGCUGGACUUUAAUGGGCAAGAUUAAAGAGAAUGCGAAUACGUCGAGUUCCCUGUCCGUUCUUUCUUUAUCCUUACAUGUUUCCGAUACAAAUUUGUCCAAUCUUUGGCGUUUAGACACUUUGGGGAUUUCAAGUGAGGAAAACAAAACGAAAAGUGCCUUGGAAGAAGAAACCCGAAAACAUUUCUUAAAAAGUGUAAAACGAGAUAGCUCAGGGAGAUAUGAAGUAACCUUACCCUUUAUUUUAGAUAAAUCCGUCUUAUCCAGUAACCGUACUGUGGCAGAAAGACACCUCGUCAAAACCGAAAGUAAACUAAUUAACACACGCAGAAGAAAAGAUUACGAAGAAAUAUUUGAUGAGUGGGAAGCGAAGGACAUUAUUGAGGUAGUAACUGAGGAAAAGGAGGAAGGAGUGCACUACUUGUCACACAGACCUGUAAUAAAAGAGUCUAGUGAAACUACAAAGAUACGGCCUGUUUUCAAUGCAUCUGCACGUUCUAAGAAUUCACCCUCACCCUCUCUCAAUGAUUGUUGA